UAAGAUGUCAUUAGGUUCCUGGUUUUUGUCUGCAGGGGAAAGAUGCAGGGAUUUCUACACUGCGCGCUGACCUCCUUGCUCCUCGUCGUGGUGUGGACCCACUCCCAGGGUGGUGAUCACAAGGCCCACCAACAGCACCUGCACCAUGAGAUGGACAAGCCCCACCCUGUCCAUGGCAAAGGGGAGGAAGCCUGCCACAAGCUAGCUCCACCCAAUGCUGACUUUGCCUUUGCCCUCUACAAGAAGAUGGCCACAAAGUCAGAGUCCAGAAACGUGUUCUUUUCUCCACUGGGUAUUUCCACUGCCCUGUCGCUGCUCGGUGUUGGGUCCAAAGGUGACACUCAUCAGCAGCUGUACCACGCCUUGGGCUACAGCCAAUUCACCACCGCCCAGGUGAAUGAGGCCUAUGAGCACCUGCAGCAUAUGCUGGGCCACAGCCAGGGGGAACUGAAGCUGGACAAAGGGAGUGCCAUAGUCCUCCAGGAUGGCUUCAAACCUUUGCAGAAGUUCCUGGAUGAUGGCAAGCAUUACUAUCAAGCCCAGGGCUUCACUGUUGACUUCAAGAAGCCAGAGGUAGCUGUCCAGGCAAUCAACAAAUUCAUUGCGGAGAAGACCGACAACAAGAUCCCUGACCUAUUGAGCAGUGUGGAAAGUGACACUCUCAUGGUGCUGCUGAACUACAUUCAUUUCAGAGGCAAAUGGGAGAAACCCUUUGACGCGAAAAACACUGGGAAGGCAGACUUCAAAGUGGACGAGAACACCACAGUCUCAGUGGACAUGAUGAAGCGAAUGGGCCGGUACAGCUACUACUACGAUCGGGAGAACCACACCUCAGUGCUGAUGCUGCCGUACAAGGGAAACGCCUCCAUGAUGAUCCUCCUCCCCUGUGAGGGCAAGAUGAAAGACCUAGAGGCCAUUCUCAGCAAGGAGUACAUCAGACACUGGCACGACAGCCUCUUCAAAACUGUGGUGGAUCUGGAAAUGCCCAAAUUCUCAGUAUCUGGGUCCUACUCCCUGAAGGAGUUUCUCAAAGAGAUGGGCGUGGUUGCGGCAUUCUCUGACACAGCUGACCUGUCUGGGAUCUCCGAGGAUGUCGGCCUGAAGGUGUCAAAGGUUUCCCAUAAGGCCGUUCUCAGUGUGGAUGAGAAGGGCACAGAGGCCGCUGCUGCCACUGUCGUUGAGAUGAUACCCAUGUCUCUGCCAGACACGGUCAGCCUCAACCGGCCUUUCCUGCUGCUCAUUCUGGAGGAGUCCACCAAGAGCAUUCUCUUCAUGGGCAAGAUCAUCAACCCCACAGCCCAAUAGACUCAUCAAUGGCCAGGAUUCUGCAGCAGACUUUCAGGCAAUCGCCUUCAAGAAAUCUCUGUCUUGCACAUCUGUGACGGGAAAGCAAGAUUUCAUCAAAGAAAGUGGGCAGAGCUUUCAUUUGAUAUCAGUAAUUCACAGAUUUUAAACCAUCUUUGGCUGCAUUCUGAACAUGCAGAUUUUGAGAAGUAUGCAUGAGGUCCAUACAAGUGGUUCCCAAACCUCUCCUUGUGUACCCCCAGCUGAAGGUAUUCGGAGUGUUCCAUCUCAAGGGCUUUAUUGUGUGUCAGGUGUGCUUGACGUGGAACACAAAUGCCUGGAUGCUGUUCGAGGUACCCAAGGAGAGGUUUGUGAACCACUGGUCUAUACAGAUUUUCAGUAAAACUGUUGGCGUGCUGAUUGGUUGGAUGCGGAUUCACAUGGAUGUCUGUGAUCUAGGUUUAAGGCAGGUGACUAGAAUGCAGUCAUUCUUUCUUGCUGUCUGGAGUGAGCUACGAAUGCUCAAGCAAGUCAGUGGUUGACUGCUCACUAUAGCUCCACCCAUUAUGGAUUUCAUGAAACCUCAUUCUCUUGUCACUGCUGCAGAUCAGUGUGUACUCUCACAUUCCAUGCCCUAAAUCACAUUCUACUGCGGAUGUUUGGAUAUCUGUUUAUAUUUCUCUGCUCAUUUUCUUCUAUAAAGAAACUAUUAAAUAAAAAUAUAUAUUUCCAAA